AUGUCGAUCGAUGAGGAAAACGGAACGUCUUCUUCAAUCGAAGCUAAGAAUGUUGUUUCAGAAACUAUCAAAGAGACUUGGUAUAGUGUUUUGCUUCGUCAAGCUUCGGUUUAUGGUGUAGCUGCAGGGUAUUGUAUCUCAGCUUCUCUUCUCUCAAUCAUCAACAAAUGGGCAAUCAUGAAAUUUCCUUACCCUGGUGCUUUAACCGCAAUGCAAUACUUCACUAGUGCAGCUGGUGUUUUCCUCUGUGCUCAGAUGAAGAUGAUCGAGCACGAUUCGCUUAAUCUCUUAACCAUGUGGAGGUUUCUUCCUGCAGCUAUGAUAUUCUACUUGUCCUUGUUUACUAACAGCGAGCUUCUCCUUCACGCGAAUGUCGAUACUUUCAUCGUGUUUCGUUCUGCUGUUCCGAUUUUCGUUGCGAUUGGGGAAACGAUAUUCUUGCAUCAGCCGUGGCCGUCUGUUAAAACGUGGGGUUCUUUGGCUACUAUAUUUGGAGGAAGUUUGCUUUACGUUUUCACGGAUUAUCAGUUUACUAUCGCAGCGUAUAGUUGGGCGCUUGCGUAUCUUGUGAGUAUGACUAUAGACUUUGUUUACAUUAAGCAUGUGGUUAUGACGAUUGGAUUAAACACAUGGGGUCUUGUUCUCUACAAUAACCUCGAGGCUCUGCUUUUGUUUCCUCUUGAGUUGCUUAUAAUGGGAGAGUUAAAGAAGAUAAAGCAUGAAAUCACUGAUGAGACUGAUUGGUAUUCGUUUCAAGUGGUUUUACCUGUUGGUUUAUCGUGUCUAUUCGGAUUGGCAAUAUCGUUCUUCGGAUUCUCUUGUCGCCGAGCUAUUUCCGCAACUGGGUUUACUGUACUUGGAAUUGUGAACAAGCUGUUGACAGUUGUGAUCAAUUUGAUAGUAUGGGAUAAACAUUCGACAUUUGUUGGAACUUUGGGGCUCUUGAUUUGUAUGUUUGGUGGAGUCAUGUAUCAGCAGUCUACCAUUAAGAAACCGAAUGCUGCACAAGAAGCUAAACCGCAAGAGCAAGACGAGGAACAAGAGAAACUGCUAGAGAUGCAGGAAAACAAGGAGAGUAAUAGCAUCGAUAUAAAGGAAGCUCCGAAAGCAGAAGAGAAAGUAUGA